CGCAAUACAUAACGGCGCGUGAUGUACAUUGUAUCGCUGUGCACGACCUUGCUUUGAUAUCACACACAUGGUCGUAUCCUUUUCGAUUCUGAUAUGCUCCCCGCAGCUGCCGAACAAAGUCAUCUCGCUUGCGACAAACGAUCAGCCAAUGCGGCGCGUCGCCUAACGCGCGAUGUAGCGCCCUGAGCGCAACGAAGACUUGCCAAACAUUACCCAACAAUAUACACAUUUCUCAUCGACCAUGAAUCAAGUGCCGCAUGUUCAGUGGGAUUGAUCCUCGUUCUACAACGACGUGAACAUUGGUAUUGUGUAGGAAGCCCGUCAGCGCAUUCCCAUUGCGUAGAAUGCCACCCGCAAGACGUGUCUCCAAGCGCGUGGAGCAGAGACAAGCGAACGAGCAGUUGAGAAAUGACCACAAUCUGUCCACUCGCGUACAGAAGACAAGUGGACGCGUUGAAAACUGCAGGACACGUAGUACUCAGACUAGCGAUGUCAAGACAGACAUAGAAAAAGCGGAGCAGCGGCGCAUCACAGUCGCAACCGCAGGGCGACGGAAGCAAAGGAGAAGAGCGACUGUACAGAUCCAACCGGACGAAGAUGAGCGGCAUAGUAUUGCGGCUGACCGCGAGAAAGUGGAUAACGGCGACACCGAGUCACCGCGCGCACAAAGCAGUCCCGAAGAGUCUGGGCGCGGACACAGAAACGGACCGGACAUGAGUAAAUGCGAAGACAAUCGAGACAGUCCCUACAUCUCGUUCGAUCUUAGAGAUGCGGAGACUCUUGGUCAACCGUGGAGUAAGCUGGCAACCAUCCCUGAAGAGGUGCGCCAACUGGAAGCUUCUACCGGGAGACCCAAAAAUUGUCGUCAGUCGGAAAUCCGACAGAUCUGCGCCAUAUGCCGUGAGUGUUAUAUCAUCAUUCGCGAACAGGUCGAUGGACGUGUCGACGAGUCUGCUGUGGUCGAACGGCUCCAUAGGGUGUCAUCCCUCAUGGCAGAAAUGCGCACCAACCAUGACAAUGAUGCAACGGAGUCUUCGAGGCAUCAAGACUACCUGAGCAGCUGUUAUUGGUACCUGAUUCCACAUGCUGUCAGACUCCUACUGUCAGUAAUCAAUAGCUACAGAGUACGCGACAGGGCCUUGGAAACCCCAGGUAUCGACAUGAGUAUCGAGCACGCCCAAUCCGUCAGUGAUCUCUGUGCCGACAUCGCGGCCUUGGGUAAAGACCUGUAUACACGUGAGAAGCCCAAACAGUUGUUGGUUAAAUUCCAAGGACACCUCACAUCGGCGCACAUAAAUGUAAUCAUGCCGAUCCGUUCGGUGAUGGAUGCGCUGCUGCGAACCAUUGAGGAUAACCGACAAAGCGAGCUCCACGAACAGAGGAUGAGGGUGACGGCAGUCGAAGAGGCGGAGCGGCAGCGGAUCGAAGCUUUUCAGGAGGAGUAUAGGCUCGCUCGUAAGUACAAGAUCGCGCAGUGGCAACGGCUACACGAGUGGCGACGCUAUUCGGAGCGCGGCUUCCUUUCACUCGUGAAGCAGAACCUCCUUGCUUACGAGGAGCUGCCGCAUGCGGAGCUCGAUGCCGACGGCUUGCCAUUUGAGCGAGUCGACGUUUUCGCACCGCUGAGAGUCCGCGUCGGUCCCUCUCUAUUGCAGAUGCAAGCAGCACGCGCAAAGUCUUGGUCGAUGCAACAGGAGCAGGACCUGUGCGAGGGACUAAAGGACUUUGCCGGCGAGGAUGUGUUGAUUCGUAUCUUCUCGAAAUACUGUGGCAAAAGCCUUAUGAAUUUCAGCGUCUCCGACAUUGUCACGCACGCUGCCGAUCUCAGGGAGAGAUGGCUGCUCGAGUCACAGGAGUCUCAACAAACCGCGCCUGCAUGGGUCCAACAGAUCCCGGUCUGGACUCGACCGCAUGCCAUUGGUAAGGAAAACGAGGAGAACGUAGGGUGAAUUCAUUGAGCUUGUAGAGUGGAUGUCGCGACAAUCUACUAUAUUAAAUGUGACCAGCAUAAGCAAGGUCUCGCCUGUCGGCGUACGAUGAACUUUUGCCCACGAGCCACAAAUCGGGAGGAUAACGAGCCGCUGCAGCGGUGGGUAGAAUAGUCAGCGCGCAAUGGCGCGCCGAUGAGCUUGCUCGUGCGGCCGGCGAUCGUAUUUACAUAAUGACCUCGUUAGCGACGUCCUAUGGUGGUUUUGUCAGAUGAGCAACUCGAAUGAUUAGUGUUGCAAAAGUGUAGACUUACGCGCUUCAACUCUUUGAAAGGUAGGCAUACGCAAUUCUGCACCUUCACCUCGUCUGCGACGGCACAUUCCUUGCCCAGGAUGGUGAUGCUCUGC